UUCUCUUUCUUUUUAAGCAAAAAAUUAUCUUUCUUUGCCAUUUUCUCUUACCUUUUCCACCAACUCAAAAAAAAAAAAAAACCUCUUCAUUUAAAAAAAAAAACAAAAAAUCAUUCUCAAUUUCUUCUUGAAAGGUUCAGUUUUUUCAAUCUCUGCAGUUUAAUCACACAGCAAACAAUGCCAAACUGGGAGCUUAAGAACUGUUGUGAUCACGACCAGAAGCUCUUCAUUGCUUUCGUUGGUGUUUACACCGUUGUCAUCCUCCUGCUAUGGAGGACUUUUCUGCUUACGCCGUUUAAGCUCAUCACUGUGUUUCUGCACGAAGCGAGUCAUGCGAUUGCCUGUUUGCUCACUUGUGGCAAGGUGGAGGGUAUCCAGGUUCAUGGAAACGAGGGCGGGGUGACACAGACGCGUGGUGGAAUAUACUGGGUGAUCUUGCCGGCUGGAUAUCUUGGUUCAUCAUUUUGGGGAAUGGCUUUGAUUCUUGCUUCCACAAAUAUUCUCACUGCAAGGAUUGCCGCUGGUUGCUUCCUUGCUGCUCUGGUUAUUGUGCUCUUUAUUGCUAAAAACUGGACACUCCGAGGACUCUGUAUUGGAUUUAUUAUUUUUAUUGCUGUGGUUUGGCUUCUGCAAGAGAAAACAAAAGUCCAUAUCCUUCGCUAUGUCAUUCUCUUCAUUGGUGUGAUGAACAGUUUGUUUUCGGUUUAUGAUAUUUAUGAUGAUUUAAUAUCUAGAAGAGUCAACUCUAGUGAUGCUGAGAAGUUUGCGGAAGUCUGCCCAUGCCCUUGUAAUGGUUUUGGAUGGGGAGUUAUUUGGGGGAUGAUAUCAUUUGUAUUUCUUUGCGCAUCUCUGUACCUUGGACUGGUCAUAUUAUCAUGAGAUAACCAUUCAGCGUAAAGAAUGUAAAGACAUUGACAACUGUCGUAUGAAAAAUUGGGAAAUUAGUAUCCAAGCAGUUCGGUGCUAGCAUGACCUUGACUCUUUCUAUUUUUAUGCUUUGUAUAUUGAUUUUUUUUUUGUUCUAGACAUGCAUUUUUUUACUGCUGGGAGUUUACUCUCUCCAUUUUACUCCCAUGACAUCAUUCUUUGCAGCCUAUAUUUGGGUUGCUUGGUAUAUGAUUGCUUUUGUAUAUGAAACUGGCUCAUGAGUCGAAUUAUUGAAGCUGAUUUAUACUCUGUGAAAUACAACUUAGUACUUUAAGACUCUGUAUCUGAGUUAGGAAGAAAAGGAAGGAGAAUCCAUCACUUUGUUUCAGAGUGUUUUGAUUCACCGAAAACCUUAGGAUGACAGUCGGUCUCAGGGAAAACCAAAAGCUGAUAGAUAAAAUAUUAUAAAAUGAAUAGGCUUAUUACUCAAUAUUCACAUAGAAGAAGCUAUCAAGUUCCUACAAAACCUUCCAGCAUUCAAGUAAUAUAUGACUGAAUGAAUACUGGAAGCCUUUGAGGGAACAUGAAAGUUCCUCAAUCAAUCUUAGUUUAUGUAUAAAGAAAUAUACAGUUGGGGUUAUAUUUAUAGACAUGCAUGGUUGUCCCUUGCUAUGAGAUAGAGGUGAAAAGAAUAUUGGGUCAUAUCAACAUUAUUCUGUUCUGUGUGUCUGGAUUUGCUUUUAUUUUCCUUCCUUUGAUUUGAUACGUUUUUAUGUCACUGUACACAAAAAGAGUUGAAAUAUAUAUACAGAUGAAGGAAUAAAUACAAAGGGCCAAAUCUUUUUGGAUACUAUUGCUUGAUUAGGAUUGAACUUUGAUUAGAGAAGUUCUGUUUAUAGCUUGACUCUGUUGCUCAUUGGUAAGAAUAUAUGCAAUAUAAAGCAUCCUUAAUAAACAUCCCCAAUGGGAUCUAAAAGUGUGCUAAGCUUCAUUAUAAUCUUUGGAGCUUAUAAAGUUUAAUGGUUGGAGAAAGGGGUGGGAGUAGUUUAGGUCAAUUACCUGGGGAUAUGACCUAUAGAAAAAGUUGACUUUUUUUAAAGACUAUUUAGAUGAAAAGAUUAGGCUACAUGCAAUAGAAAAACAAAUU